UUGUUUUAUUUAUAAUAGCAAUUAUUAAUCGUUUCUUGGGAUUGGGUGUCUUCUUCCUCUUCUUCUCUUUUUGUCUUCAACUGUUCGAAGUUCUUCUCUUUUCUUGUGUGUUCCCUGAUUCAACGGCCACAUCCAUAUCCACAAUCUCUCCUCCGAAGUCUCCUUUUCAGACAAAAAGAUAAAAAGUCAGAUGAGAAGAAACUCACUGUAAUAAACAUUUUUUUUCAAGAAAAAUCCAUGGCGGUUUAUUACCAAACUAGUGUCGGCAUGCAAUCUCUUUACCAAGAACCCAUCUACCUCAACGAACAACAACAACAAGCUUCUUCUUCCUCCGCCGAGAUAAUCUCCAGUGUUGCUCAAAACGAGAUGGUUUUUAUCCCGCCAACAAGCGACACAUCUCUCAACGGAAGCGUAACGGUUUCAAGCAACGAUCUAAGCUCUAACGGUGGAGGACUUUCUUUAACCCUCGGUAACCAGAUCCAUUACCAUUACCAGAACCUCUCCAACCAAUUCAAUUUCUCUGAUGAGAAUGUGAAGAGCUCAAGUCUCUACAAUAACUACCGUUACGAGACAACAGGGUUUGUGAGUAGCGUUCUAAGAUCUCCUUACCUUAAACCAACACAGCAACUGUUAGAUGAAGUUGUUAGUGUCAGGAAAGAUAAUAACAAGAAGAACAACGAUAAAGGUCAAGACUUUACUAAUGGGUCUAGUGAUAACAGUGAGGACUUAUCUUCAUCAGAACGUCAAGAGCUUGAGAGCAAGAAGAACAAGCUCUUAACAAUGGUCAACGAGGUAGACAAAAGGUAUAACCAAUACUACCAUCAAAUGGAAGCUCUAGCUUCCUCUUUCGAGAUGGUAGCUGGUCUUGGAGCAGCUAAGCCUUACACAACGGUGGCUCUGAACAGAAUCUCUCGCCAUUUUAGAUGUUUAAGGGAUGCGGUAAGUGAGCAGGUUCAGGUGAUUAGAGGGAAGCUUGGGGAGAACAGUGAAGAGCAACAAGGAGAGAGGAUGCCACGUCUUAGGUAUUUAGAUCAGAGGUUGAGACAACAGAGAGCUUUGCAUCAACAGCUUGGAAUGGUUAGACCUUCUUGGAGACCACAAAGAGGGUUGCCUGAAAACUCUGUCUCUGUGCUACGUGCUUGGCUCUUUGAGCAUUUCCUUCAUCCAUAUCCUAAGGAGUCAGAGAAGAUCAUGCUUGCUAAACAGACAGGGUUAUCAAAAAACCAGGUUGCAAACUGGUUUAUUAACGCGAGAGUUAGGCUAUGGAAACCGAUGAUUGAGGAGAUGUAUAAAGAAGAGUUUGGAGAUUCAUCAGAGUUACUCUCUAACUCUAAUCAAGACAACAACAGCAACAAGAAAAUGCAGGAAACAUCUCAGCUCAAACAUGAAGAGUCUUCAACUUCACAACAACAGAGUCAUGGGAACAACAACAUUCCAUAUCCAUCUGAUGCAGACCGUGCUACUAGUGGAGAUUACGGCAGCUUGAUGAACUAUCAUCAAGGGUUUGGUGUGGAUGAUUACAACCGCUACAUUGGAAACCAGCAAGAUGGAAGAUUCUCUAACCCCCACCAUCAGUUACAUGACUUUGUUGUCUGAAAACGUUUCUGAGCUUUACACAAAGCUCAAGAACUGGCAAUGUCUGUGAUUAGAUUGGGGAGUAAUGAUUCUUGAAGCCUAAGGUGCGCUUCUCGCAAUUUAUAGAUAGGGGUAUAUACACAACAUAUAUCUGUAAUGUGGUGGCAUAUAAAGGUUAGUCAGUAGGUUUGUAUAUGAAACUGAGCCUUUAUGUACACUUUUGUAAGCCAAUAUUGUAAUUGUUUUGUGUAUAAUCUUUCAUGGUGGUUUAAACAAAUAGUUUCAAGUGUGAAUUUGGA